AUGUGCCGACAGCAGUUUGAUAAGGCGGGUAUGAAAUUUAUGACUGUCGUCCUGGCCACUUUAUACGUUAUCGCGGCGCUGGUCAUGUUAGGAUUCGGUAUCUCGAUACGGGCCACACCGGAUAAUUUUCUAGCGCAUUACACUUACGACGGAGUUGACUUGAGAAUUAUUCGGGGAGAUGCCAUGCAGAAAAUCGCCGACCUCAUGAUAGCCGUCGCCUGCUUCACCAUUUUGGCGGGCGGUUUUGUGAUGUACUCUGUCAUACUUGAGAAACCACGCAUGCUCAAAAUCAGUUCAAUUUUCCUCGCAACCCUCACCCUCAUUGACGUCAUCCUCAUCAUCGUCGCCGCUGCCUACCCGCCAAGAGAUACCAUGGUGAACGAUAUGAAAGCUACUCUCAUCAGCGAUUUCAAUAGUCAAGAUGUCCAGACGAAUGGGUCUGUAAUCACGUCUCUACCGAAGAAUGGCGGGCCUUAUUCUUGGGCACACACGCAGAUUUAUACGAAGUGCUGUGGAGUGGAGGGACCUGCGGAUUACGGGACACUUUUGGCCCCGAACAGGACCGAAAAAAUCCCCAACAUGGGUGAAACUGUUCUGGUAGUGCCCAUGUCCUGCUGUCGUAUGCAGGGCCAGGUGGAGAGAUUGAAAUUCAACAAUCUCAACCAAUGCGUCAAGAAUGACUCCAGUGAAAUCAACCAAGAUGGUUGUCUGAAUUCUCUGAUGGUUUUCUACAGACUAACAUCCCUCUCCGUCUACCGACUGUCUCCAAUACUCAUUGCAUUCGAGAUCAGCUUGAUUGCAUUUCAACUGAAACUCGCCUACGACCUGGCAACAUACCAAGUUAUGGAUUAGUUUGGAGGAUUGAUUGGCUCACAACAGACGCCAAAAUUAUCUUUAUUUAUUAAUUACUGUAUUUUCCUGCUUUUUCAUUUGUAAACAUUCGUCAAAUGCAACUGUAUAACAUUCAAUAUAAAGAACCCGCGACAUUUUAGCUUUCCGCAAAAUUUAACCGUAUCGAAAUCCAUAUAAAUUAUUUCACAUUACUGAGGCAUUCAGCUAAUGCUAAAUUUGAACAAAUGAUUUAUUUUAUUAUAUUAACCACGCCUGCUAUGGUAAAGGUCUUAGCAAAUUAUUGACAAUUUUUCAUUAUUUUGACAAUUAUUCACAAUCUUUCUAACAAUAACAUCAAAACAUUGACAUCAAUUUUACUAUUUUUUAAAAAUACGCUGUAAGAUAAUAAAAUGCUCAUUUAUAUUUAAUAAAGCGUAAAGAACAUCACAACAGAGGCAGUUCAAUUCCAGUCCUCUUAUAUACAUACGUGAAUCAUCACGUACAACCUGUACCGAUUUUGCACGCUUUCGACCAUUUGUUUGGUUUCACACAACUACACCAAAGCUAAUCCCAACUGCAUACAUAUUACCACACCCAUAUACGGUGUAAAUCCUUGCGCUCAGUCGCAAACAUUUAAUUACAUUCAAAUCAACAGGAGACAACAAAUUUUGUAUUUAAGGAUUGACUACUAACAUAUUAAAUUCCUAAUUCAACACCUAAACACAUUUGAAUAUCGACAUGCCCAGACAUUUAUUUUAACGUAUUUUAUUUAAACAAAAAAAAA